GGCGGCGCGCAGGCGUAGAGGGGAGGGCGGCGAGGCGCCUGAUGGGAGAGUGAGGGUAACCGCCGGCCCGCCGCUGCCGCCUGCGCCAUUUUGUCCGCCCGCAGUAACUGACAGCCGAGCGCUGCAGACUCCAGACAUGGCAAGCCCAGUGAAAGACAAUUACAGAAUGCGAAGCUACAAGAACAAAGCAUUAAACACUCAAGAAAUGCGAAGGCGACGAGAGGAAGAGGGAAUUCAAUUACGAAAACAGAAAAGGGAAGAGCAGUUGUUCAAACGCAGAAAUGUGGCUGUUCCUGGAGAUGAUGAUGUCAUGUUUGAAAGCCCCAUUCAGGAUCCUGAUAUAAGUUCAACUGUGGUAUCUAUGCCAGGGGAAGGUGUAAUCACAGUAGAAAUGGUACAGAUGAUCUUUUCAGAAGAUCCAGAUCAGCAGCUUGCAGCCACGCAGAAGUUUCGGAAAUUACUUUCAAAAGAGCCUAAUCCUCCCAUAGAUGAGGUUAUAAAUACACCUGGCAUUGUGCCAAGACUUGUGGAAUUUUUGAAACGGAAUGAGAAUUUUACCCUCCAAUUUGAGGCUGCAUGGGCUCUAACAAACAUAGCUUCUGGAACGUUUCUCCAUACUAAAGUUGUUAUACAAGCUGAUGCUGUACCGAUUUUCAUUCAGCUGCUUAAUUCCGAAUAUGAGGAUGUGCAGGAGCAGGCAGUCUGGGCAUUGGGCAAUAUUGCAGGUGACAAUGCUGAAUGCCGAAACUUUGUAUUAAACUGUGGAAUUCUUCCACCCCUUUUACAGUUGUUAACAAAGUCCAAUCGACUUACUACAACAAGAAACGCUGUGUGGGCUUUGUCAAAUUUGUGCAGGGGCAAAAAUCCACCUCCAGAUUUUGAAAAGGUAUCGCCCUGUUUGAAUGUGUUAUCGAGACUGUUAUUCAGCAGUGAUCCUGAUGUUUUGGCUGAUGCCUGCUGGGCCCUUUCUUAUCUUUCUGAUGGACCCAAUGAGAAGAUACAAAUAGUCAUUGAUUCAGGAGUUUGUAGGAGAUUAGUGGAGCUUUUGAUGCAUAAUGAUUAUAAGGUGGUGUCCCCUGCACUGAGAGCUGUAGGAAAUAUAGUUACUGGAGAUGACAUCCAAACACAGGUGAUUUUGAACUGCUCUGCGUUGCCCUGCCUCCUUCAUUUGUUGAGCAGCCCUAAAGAAUCUAUAAGAAAGGAAGCUUGCUGGACAGUUUCAAACAUUACUGCAGGAAACAGAGCACAAAUCCAGGCAGUAAUAGAUGCAAAUAUUUUCCCAGUGCUAAUUGAUGUUCUUCAAAAAGCUGAAUUCCGCACUAGGAAGGAGGCUGCUUGGGCUAUCACAAAUGCAACAUCUGGUGGGACUCCAGAACAGAUCAGGUAUUUGGUAGAAUUGGGCUGUAUCAAACCUUUGUGUGACUUACUUACAGUCAUGGACUCCAAAAUUGUCCAGGUUGCUUUGAAUGGACUAGAAAAUAUUCUACGGUUAGGAGAACAAGAGGCCAAGCAGAAUGGAACUGGUAUCAAUCCAUACUGUGCUCUUAUUGAGGAAGCCUAUGGUCUGGACAAAAUUGAAUUUCUUCAAAGUCAUGAAAACCAAGAGAUUUAUCAGAAGGCCUUUGAUUUGAUUGAGCAUUAUUUUGGUAUAGAGGAGGAGGACUCGAGUAUUGCACCACAGGUGGAUGAGAAUCAACAACAGUUCAUUUUCCAGCAACAAGAGGCCCCAAUGGAAGGUUUCCAGUUGUAAAUGCAUGAUUGGUGAAAUUGUCUAUGAUGCCACCAUUGCACCAUAUUCAUAACUACAAAGUCCUCAGAGCCAAAAUUAAGAAGCUGUUGUAGUUGAGUUUAAAAUUUAGGAACAUUUUUGAAAGAGCAAAAAUGUGUGACAGCUUAUGCACUUUUCUAUUUGCAGUUUAAGAUGUAAUUUAAACUGCGGCUGUUGAUUUUCAUGUUGCAUAUUUAAUGUUCAUUUAGGUAUCUUGAGUCAUAGAUCUGAAUUAUGUAUCUGAAUUGCUCUGAAGAAAAGGUAUUGGAGUAGCAGAUGCAUCAAUAUUUAAGCUGAAAUUACAGCCAUCCAAAUAGUACUAUUUCAUUUAACUGUUUACAGCCCUAAUUUAAGCAGAAUACUUAUUUAUUCUUUGUUUCUAGAGCCUCAAAAUACUGUUACAGGGUGUGGUUUCCUUUGUGUUGAAUAAUGGAAUUGAAGUCUAAAACUAUUUGACCAAAAUUCUUUCUAAAAUCCUAAAAGUGUAUUGCUCUCAUUUACAUUUAUAAAAUGCAUGGUUCGAGCAAAUUUAACUUACCACAGCAACUUUCAACACUAGUGUCUGUAAACAGUUUAUAGGUACCCCCCUGCUGAAAAAUCUACCUCUUUGAAUUAGGACACAAUUGUUUAAAAGUUAUUGACAAAAUAUUUGUUAAAAGUACAAGUUAAUGUGAAUGAAAACAGUAAUUAUCAGCAUUUGCUAGUCUAUAUUUCAAUAUGAAAACCUGUAAAUUUAUUUAUACUUUCUAGAAAAAAAAUUAAUAAUUGCACUCUGAACAGGAGACUUGAAAUUGUAGCACUGCUGACUAUACAUCAUGUUGAUAAUUUCAUUAGGUGUGUGUAGAAUUCCCUAAUAGAUUCACCCAAUAAGGAAUACCUGAUCAGAAGCAAUAUGCAAGCUUUGCUACCCCUCCUCUUUCCUCCUGCCCCCUCUUUCCCACUCCUGCAUUUUCCAUCUCCUUGCCUGUUAGGGAAAAUGGAUUAAACUGAGGGGAGAUGUAAUCAUUUUCCAGUUUGUGAAAUUAGUUUAUUAACUAAGUAUUAACAUAAGGAUUUUGAAUAACCAAAUAAGUGCUGAUUACUGAUUGAUAAUGCAUAAAGUGGAAUUUCACAACUAAACUGUUUGGUCUUGUAUAUUCACUUUAUUUUUCUUCUCAUAGCACUACUACUGAUGGUCCCUUGAGGUGAUAUUUCUGUAUACUCCAUACAGUUCAUUUAAUUAUGUACAAAAUAGUACAGAAUAACUCAUUGUUUCAUCACUAAAUUGGUUAGUAGGUGCCUAAUAAAGUUUUAAAAUAAUGCUGAUUAGAAAAUAAGGUCAUGUCACCACAUUAACAUUAAAGAAUGAAAAAUGGUGGCAAAAGUGAUCCUCGAAUCUUUUAUUUGUAUUCUGCAAUUUAAAAUCACAGCCACAGUUUCAGAUGCUAUUCCUUCGGUGUUGCAGCAGCAUUAAAAUUUUCUUUCUAUCAAAUAUUUAGGACCUGCAAUGGACAACCUUUGGUGUGAAGAAUGUUGUACAAUGAUUUUGAUUUUUUUGUAAAGAAAAUUUUGAAUUGUGCCCUUGCAGGUUCAGUGUAAAUAUGCAAACAUCACUACUUUCAUGUUUCUUCCCUACUAAAAUCCAUUGUUUAAAAUGGGAGAUUCCAUUGUUUAAUGAUUCAGAAGACAACAAUUUUGAUUAAAUGUUAAGUUCAUAACUUAGUUCUAUCCUGUACUCAACACAGAUUUUGAUUUAGAAAUUCUCACUAUUGUGUAUUUUACUGCUUAUCAAAAUUUAAAGUUAAUUUUACUGUUGUACCAUGUUAGACUGAAAAUAGGAAGGAUAGUUAAAAAUGAUUGGUGAUAUUAGCAGAUGAGUGCUUAACAUGUUAAUGGGACACCCUCUUGCUAUUUUGAAGGAAGCCCAUGUGUCAUAAAUGUGUUAUUAGUCAUUCACAUGUUGCCAACAGUAAUUCUAAAGAGAAAGGGAACAGAUUGCUAAUCUGUAUGGUUUGAAAGUAUAAAACAUGCCAAAUUUGUUGCAUUAUAAUUAAAUGUAACUGCUGUACAGUGGCAAGUGUGUAUAUAAAGAAAUAAUUAUUUGGAAAAACUUAAAAUACUCCUUGCUCCAUUACUAAAAUAUAGUUAUAAUUAGUGACAUGUCUAUAUCAAAAUGACAGUUUCCUGUAAAUGUCUUGAUUUCUUUGCAUUGUUUUUCACUACAGCUGAUGCUUUUCAAUGAAAAGUGUCAUUUGUAAUACAUGCCAUUCAUUGGUUGAGGGGAUUUUUUUUAAAUUGCAGUUAUAGCUGAAAGCUUGAAUUCAGCUAAACUCUAGAAACUUAUAGAACAGCAAUACAAACUUGCAGUGUCAGAAAUGUUUGCACAUACUGUUUUAUGCAUGGCUGUUUCAGUAUAGUUACAGAUCACCAAUGCUCCAUGCAUAAAGUUGAUUACAGUUGUGUCACUGCUUUUGAAAGAUUACUUAAAAAAUAUUUCAUUUGCACAGUAUUUAACAUGACCAAAUAGCUUAAAAUCUCUAACAGUAUUAUGUUGAAAAUAUUUUUGCCCCAAGUUGAUAUUUGAUGGUAAACUUCAUGAGGAAUUAAUCUGACUGGGAUAAAACUAUGUAUAUAAAAAAUUCUAUAAAGGGAUACUUUCUAUUUUGUCUUAACUGAAAUGUUCUCCUUUUGCUUCAUUUAUAGAGUUGUUUUGCUUAGAACCCCAGUUGGUAUCCCUGCUUAUAGAAUUGAGAAUUCACAAUGCAAGUGCUGAUUUGGCAGUAGCCAAAAAAAAAUUGUAGCAUUGUGUUGUAGCUUUUGUUUGCUACAUUAGCCACGUGUCAAACUCAAUGCCUGACUUUGAGUUAAACUUUGUAUUAGCUACCUUGCUGCAUCUUGCAGUAUGUAUGUUGUUAUACAAAAUAAUGUGAACCUGAAAACUAAUACUGUGCUAGAUGUAUCAGCAGAAGUAUUUAAAAGCUUCAUUUAUUAAACAACAAUUACAAUACAUCUAUACCAGCAAUAGUUGCAUAAAUCAUGAUAAGUUUCUAAAGAACUGAAAAGUCUGUUCUAAAUUAACAUAUCUGCAUCAUUAAAGCUAAUGUUUUUGUGUGUAUGUGUAUAUAUUUUUUUACAAUGACGAGAGCUGUACAAUUUGACAUGAGUAUAUUCAUUCUUUUGGAUCUAUUUUCUUUCAUUUGGAAUUACUACUAUUUCUACUGUUGCUGGCAACAGCCUUGUAACCAACAGUCCUGAAAUCCCUUUCCCCUUAUUCUAUCCUCCCCAUUCUCUAAUUUGAAUUUAUGAAAUUUGUGUUGGAACAAAAUUAAAUAGAAACAUUAAGUCAAAAUCAGCAAGGGUAAAUACCAUGCAAAAGAUUUCCAAUCUGUUUUGUGCAUUUUGUAUAUGUGCAAAGGAUGUUGCAUUUUUUCCUUCCACUUUUGGACUGGGGAAUAGUUUUCUAGUGAAUAUCUUGCAAGCAUACACAAGCUAAUUGAUUAUUCAGUUGCAUUGAAGUGUAUUGGAUUUGGAAAAUAUCUGGAAAGCAAAAAUAAAAUCCAUUCACAUGA